UUAUGUGAAACGUGAAUGUGUGAUUAUUGUAAUUGAAUAGCUUCUGCAAUUUCAUAAAUACAAAACGGUGUGACUAAUAAGUAUAAACGUUUGCAUAGAAGAAUAGUGCACAUAUUUGAAUUGUAAAUGCAAAACCAAAGUUUUGAAACAUAAAGUUUGGCAAAAUUAUUAACUAAGAAUUUUCACCUCUACUAUGAACCUAAUCAUAACAAUAUCACGCGAUUUGCAUACUUUAAGAUAAUCACAACGAAUGAAAUUUAUGAAUUGAUUUGAACAGCUUUUCAAGCGGAAUGUAUAGAAUUGCAGCUACGAAAUCCAUUGUGUUGACCACUGUCGCUGUAGCUGGACGUGUUUGUUUGUAUACUAUUCCAUUCUGCUGUACACUUUUCUUCCGGUGUGCAUAGUAAUCGGAACACUUUCAACAUAACACGUCUAAAGUUCAAUUAAAUUAAAGCAAUAAUAGUUGGCACAAAAUGGUUGCACAAUCAAAGCUAAGUCAAGUUUUCAGUUAUGAAUCCUGGAUACAUGCCGUUUCUGGAGCAGCCGGUGGCUGCAUUGCUAUGAGCACUUUCUAUCCACUUGACACCGUUCGCUCGCGUUUACAACUUGAAGAUCCAGAUAAAAAUGGCGAGGCGCGUAGUACCAUAAAAGUUAUUAAAGAGAUUAUAACUGGCGAAGGCUUCCAGGCAUUGUAUCGCGGUUUGGGACCGGUUCUGCAAAGCCUGUGUAUUUCAAAUUUUGUAUAUUUUUAUACAUUCCACAGCUUAAAAGCUUUAACUGCGAACAGCAAGCAACAGUCUGCUUUAAAGGAUCUAUUCCUAGGCACAAUUGCUGGUAUUAUUAAUGUAUUUACUACCACCCCGUUUUGGGUCGUAAACACGCGUGUUCGAAUGCGUAAUGUAGCAGGAACUUCAGAUGAUGUCAAUAAACACUACAACAAUUUGAUUAGCGGUCUGUUGUAUGUUGCUAAAACUGAAGGCAUUCGCGGUCUAUGGUCUGGUACUAUACCGUCACUAAUGCUUGUCUCGAAUCCAGCUUUGCAGUUCAUGAUGUAUGAACUAUUAAAACGUAAUCUAACGAAAUUCACAGGCACUGAGAUAUCAAGUUUGGGUUUCUUCUUAAUUGGUGCGCUUGCCAAAGCUUUUGCUACUGUACUCACAUAUCCUUUACAACUAGUCCAGACGAAACAACGUCAUCGCACAAAUACCACUCAAGAGAACAAAAAAUCAGCUCCAGCAUCAAAUGACGCGAGUAUGAUGGCAAUUAUGUUGAAUAUACUACAACAUCAAGGUUUUAAGGGUCUUUUCCGUGGUUUGGAAGCAAAAAUAUUACAAACCGUCUUAACGGCGGCGCUUAUGUUCAUGAUUUAUGAGAACAUUUCAUCCACGGUGAAAGUGUUGUUAAAUAGGACACCUACAGCGCUCAAAUAGAUUUAAAAAUAUUCACUUUGUGGAUAUUCUUACAAGUACAUAUAAUUUAUUUAUAUUUUUUCUUUAAUGGUGU